UUUUUAGGAAGCAUGGUUUGUUUUUUGGGUAGGGUGGUUCAAGAAUAAUUUCACUUCUCCUUUCAAGAGAAAACGGAAAUUUAAAUUUAAAACUGAACAUUCAUCAGAAUUUUCUUACUGAUGAGCUCAGCAAAAGCAGGUCUAAAAUAAUCCGUGCAUUCACAUAUCCUGAACAAGAACAAUGGAGAAGACACAAUCUCAAGGUUGCGAUUCUGAUGGUUUUAACAUGUUGAUUUGUGAAGAGGAAUUCAACGUUGAAGACCAUAAUUCCUUCCACAUGUCUAACCAAAGCAGGCAACCAGUGACUUUGUUCAUUCCUGGGAGACGUAGCAGACUGGCUACUGUAAUUUUGGUGCUUCUUGCUGGUCUUCUACUUAUACUUGAUAUUGCCCUGGGGGUGCAUUACAGCAGUUUGCAAGAAACUCACCUCACAUUCAAAGACACUGAAACCCUUGAAAAAGACCUCGUCGAACUUCAUAAGCAAAAUAAGACAGCAGUUGAGAACAUAUAUGCUGCUCAGAAGCAGCUGGACGGUGAAAUAAAGAGUCAGAAAGAAACCAAGUGGGAGCUUGAACAUCAGACGAAAAGGACUGAAGACUACAAAGUGCUCAUUGAGAAAGUUACACAGGACCUUGGAAAACUGAGAGCACAAGUGACAAAGAUCUCUGGUGGCUGCACUCAUUGUCCUCCAGGAUGGCUCUUCAUAAACUUGGUGUGCUAUUACUUCUCUUCUGACAAUGCUGGGCUGAAAUCAUGGCAAGAAGCCAGAGAGUUCUGCCAGAUUCAUGGAGGAGAUCUUCCAGUCAUUGACACCAAAGACAAAGAGAAGACAAUCGUAAAUUACUUGUUAAAUCAUGUUCAGAAUCCUUCAGAAACCAUAAAUGGUUUCUGGUUUGGACUGAGACAAUUGACAGAGGAAGACUCUUGGCACUGGUUGGACGGAACAUUCCUUGUUGAAGGAUACUGGAAGGUUGGGCAGCCAGAUGAUUAUCACACCAACGAGGACUGUGCAGCAGUGUACCCUAACGAAAACUUCUUCAGGGCCUGGAAUGAUUUAACAUGUGGAUCCAGACAAAACUGGAUUUGUGAGAAAGCACCAACUUAUGAGUUCCUAAACGGGACAAAUAAUCAAUAGUCUAAAUACUGAGCUCACUUACACCUCCAUAAUAAAAGAAAAAGAAAAAAAAAUCUGGUAAUGCCACAGCCUGUUGAGGUGGAAGUGUCUCAGCAAAAGCUGUAAUUAUAUAUCAUUAAACAAGCUUCUCGCCACAUGCAGCAUUUCAUAGCAAGUUGUCUACUAAUCUGCAUAUCUAUGUAUGUGUGAAGAUUGUAAAUUUGACUGACUGAUUAUUAAAAUGUGCUUCUAGUAGUCAGACUAGAAAAAUGGCAUAUGACUAAAGUCCAUUUAAACUACAUUUGCAGCUCUCCAUUCAAAGACUUACCUUUUUUGACAUUAGCCUAAUAAAAAUAUAAACUUGUUGUCAUUGUGCCACAUUUGUUAUGCUUUUUGCAAAUAUUAAUCUCAUAUUUAUUUGCUGCAUGUCUAUGAAAACAUUGUCAAUAAAUUUUGUCUUAAUAUAUUGGUGAGUUUAAAUAAAGGGUCUACUUUAUAUAGCAAUUUAAGAUACAUUGCAAAGAGUAAAAAAAAUUAAUAAAAAAAAAAUCUAAAGCAAGGCUAAGGUAAUUUAGCCAAGUGAACUAACACAAACUAUGAUAAAAUAUGUUAAAUUAACUUUAGAAACGAAUGCAAGAUAAGUUAUCUAAAUUAGUAAUACAAACAAAUGUGACCUUGUCUGCUAUAUUUUUGCAUUACUAGUUUAGUUUAUGAUGAAUUAACUUAGAAAAAAUAAGCAAAAUAAAUAACACAAACCAAGCUCAAAUAAAAGAUGAAUUAAGAUGAACUAAGCAAAGACAGACUAAACUAACAAAAACUAAGUUAAGUUAAACUUACCAAAACAAAAAUAAAAAUUCAAGUUAGUUACUUGUUCCAAUAUUUAUCUUUGGUUAUUUUGUGGGUGAAUGUAAGGAAGGAUUUGACUUCAACAAACUACAAAACAAAUACAGGAGCAGCAUCUCUUUAACAAGAAAAAACAUUUGUCAAUGUAGCCUUCUCAUUUUAAUGAAAUGUAAAACUAUUUUCAUCUUUAGAUUAUGGAUUAUAAAAAGGGUAUUCAAUUCAAUUGCUCCCUCUGACUUGCUUCUCACUGUUUCUUUCAGACAACACUCAAACAUCUUGCAAACUGCUGCUGAUUUUCUUUAUGAGAACUUAUUUUGGUUUGAAAGAUAUAUAAAUCUUAAUACAAGAUACUGAUCAUAUUUUUUUCUAGCUCUGGCAGUUAAACACAAACACAUCUAUAAAAUGCAUGUAUAUUAUUCAGAAAUUAAGCCAUACAACAUUUUGCAACAUGUUUGCAUUAAAACAUUCAAAAAGUAUUGGCACAACAGGUCUACUCCCAGUUACAUGGUCACCAGAAUGCCAUUUAAAACAUGAUCAUCCGAGCCUGUGCCUCUUAUCACUAGUUUGAACAGGACAAACAGAUCGAUGUGGACUACAAGCAGUGGUAAAGUGCAGAAUUCAGAGUAAAAAAGAGAGUAAAAGAUGUCGUUUGAAGGAAAGAUUUACCAAGAUUUGACCACGGAUGAGGUUUCACCUUCUCAUCGACGAACAUUUGGACAAGGUCUGUUGGCAGAAAUUGGUGAAUAUACAUUUCAACACCAGCGACUGGUUGUACUAAGCCUGGGCCUGCUAAAUGCUGCUUUACUGAUUUCUGCUGCUGUCAUUGGGAUUUGCUGUGCUAACGCCAAAGACCUUCAGGUUCCUGAUUUAGCAGCUUCACCCCUCCUUGUUGAGGUGAACUUUCUCAGCAACCAGACGGAGAUAAUAAGACAGCGAACGGAGGCCCAGAACACACUGGAGAUAGAGCGUGCCAACCAUGGUCAACUAAAGCUGGAAGUGAGGCAGAAGAAGACUCUGACUGACAGCCUUCAGAAGCAAAUUAGCAUCCUGCAAAAAGAAAAGACAAAUCUCCUGUCCAAUGCAUCUGCUCUAG